AUGGCAGAGCAUACAAAAUGGAAAACCUCAGUGGUCCAAGCGUUAUCUAUUAUCCAUACUGCGUCUGCCAUUCAAUGUGAUCUUUACAUGGCGGAGUCGACGAUUCCACAUGCUGGACUUGGCAUUUUCUCAGCUAUCGAACGCAAUCCAGGAGACAGUGUCGGGGAAGGUGAUGUUUGCAUUCCCAUUCUGGAUGCGAAAAAUUAUCACAAGGAAGUUUGGAACCCAUUCCAUGACUACGUUUGGGGUGGAGAAAUCAUGGGAAUGAAACUAGAAAUCGAAUCAGCGGAUAAGGAAGCAUACUGUCCUGGCUUGGAUUGCGCAAUCAACUGCAACUUGGCUUUGAUCAACGUCGCGAAAUCAACUCCGAUAUACGAUGGUGGUGGUCUAUAUCGACAUUUAAAUCCGGGAGCUGGGGCGAUUUCUCCCUACCACAACGGCACAACGCGAGUGACGAGAAAAAUCCCCGCAGGAGGAGAAUUGUUUAAGUUUUAUGGUGACUCUUGGUUUACAACUCGACCAAUCUUUGAUUCUCUUCCUAUUUCUCAUGACUACCCGUGGGCGCAAGAUUUGCUGGAUGCUUUCUUCGAAACAGUCCAACAUAAGGACAAAGCAUUCAAGUCGGCUGCGUAUGAAGAACUGAUGGUUUCGAUCCGAUCUAUUUGGAAUUCUAGGACGCUAAACGCCUUGCCAGAAACAUUUAGUGAGGCAACAAUCGCCGUCGAACAUGAUCUUGGAAUGGUCUUCCAGCCAAAUGCAACGAGAUCUCUGGAGUGGCUCGAAGAGAACGGAAAAUGCGUUGACCACAUCACACCAGGGCAGUCUACCAUUGAAGGAGCUGGACAUGGCGGCUUUGCCAAACGCGACCUUCCCAAAGGAACAGUUAUUACAGGCUCCCCACUCCAUCACAUUCCAAUCAAAGAUCGUUUCAUGCCAAUGUUCAAGGCCUUUUACAGCGAUCCAGAUGCAGAUGAAACGCUGAGGAGUGAAGUUGCAGGAUACCAGCUCUUGUUGAACUAUUGCUUUGGCCAUUCUGAAUCAACCUUGUUACUCUGCCCAUAUGGAGCAGGUGUGGGCUAUAUUAACCACAACCAAACAAGAGCGAAUGUGAAAGUAGUAUGGUCUCAACACCAUGAAACGGCCCAUGACCUUGCAUGGCUGGAGAAGCGACCCGAUGAAAUGUUCAGCACACAAAGCGCUCGUUUGGCACUGGACUAUGUGGCUACCCGGGAUAUAACAGCAGGAGAAGAGCUAUUCCUAGACUAUGGCGAUGCGUGGGAAGAGGCAUGGAAUAAACACAGUGAAAGUUGGCAGCCAGUGUCGUCUUCUGAGAAGUAUUUGAGCGCAAGGGAUUGGAACAACGCGAUGGAGUCGCUACCCAUCAGAACUGUCAAAGAAUCUUUCUACGAUCCUUAUCCACAAAACAUUCAUCUCAGGUGUCACAUUGAUCUUGUCGAUGAUGAGGACGAUUCGGAGGAUGAGUCAGAGGACGAAUCAGAAGACGAAUCAGAAGACGAAUCAGAGGAUGACUGGGCUUCUUUUACAUUCGACUGGGGUCCAUCAGAAUAUGGAUACAAGUGUGAGAUAUCUAAGAGAAGGAAAGAUGCUGCGGGUGACUAUCUCUACACCGUAAGAGUUACAACCGAGUCGAUUGACCGAUGGGACGAAGAUUUUGAAGGCUCUGAGUUUGUAGACAUAGACAAUGUCCCUCGCGAAGCAAUCCGUUUCUUUGAUGUACCUUACACGUCAGAUCUAUUCCUAGAAGGCACAUUUCGACACUCCAUUGGAUUACCGGAUCAGCUGAUGCCCCAGCAAUGGCAAAAUAUUGGGAGUUUUCAUCCUAACAAAAAGUUGCUUGAGGAAGGCAUACAAUAUGUACACGUACCAUGA